UGCAAAAUAUCACAGGGCCGCCAGGGUCGUAACAGACAGCAGUCAAGAUACACUGUUUAACUCUCAAUUUUUUGUAAUGACUUCUGUCUAAGCAUUUUCUUCGACGAGCCAUUAUAAACUGUAUCAUCCGGUGCGUUCGGGAGCACAAGUUCUUAGAUUGCAGAAUUUGCGUAGCCUAGCAAUGUAUCGUCUCAGAUUUUUUUUUCACCAUUUAAAUACUCCGACCUUUCAUAGGCGUGUACUUACAACUUCCCUUUUUUGACACAUGGUGGUAUAGUUCGAAUGCCUGGUUGCCCUUUGUGUUGUUAGGCAACUUUCUCUAUUUAUGUAAUGGAUCAAUCACAAUCAGGCACUACCGGGACCGAGAGGUCUUUCGGAGUACGUCUGUAACAAGUGCAUCUGAUGAACACUUGCAGCCAGAGGAUGAGUGUGGGCAGUUCAACGCGCUCUGAUGGGGAGCUCAUGGACGAGCUGGAAUCGGUCAGCUGGUAUCAUUAUGACCUCACUCGUCACGCCACUGAAGCCUUGCUGCUGUCUAACGGGAUUGAUGGCAGCUUUCUCCUCAGAAACAGCCAGAGGGGGCCUGAUUGUUACGCCCUCUCUGUCAGGGCAAAGGACUCGGUGAAACAUUUCCACGUGAGACGGAUCUGUGGGCGAUACUCUUUUGGCUUCAAUGAGUUUCAGUCCUUGUUGGAGUUCACCGGCCAUAUGGCCAACCAGCCGCUCCUGGGCAGUGAGUCAGGAAACCUAAUAGUUCUGAAGCACCCAUACCCACGUGAGGUGGAGGAGCCGUCCAUCUACGAGUCUGUGUGUGUGCACACUGCCAUGCAGAGUGGUCGCAGACACUCUGAUCUGGUGUCUACUGCUCCAGCUCUUGGCACUAAGGAAGGCUACCUGGUGAAGCAGGGCGCUAUCUUUAAGACCUGGAAAGAACGCUGGUUCACACUAAACAGAAAUGAGCUCAAGUACUUUAAGGAUAAAAUGUUUGCAGAGCCUAUUCGGACACUGGACCUAACAGCAUGUACGGCAGUGCAGUUUGACUACAGUCAAGAAAGAGUUAAUUGUUUCUGUCUGGUGUUUCCUGAGCGCACAUUUUACCUGUGUGCAAAGACUGGAGUGGAGGCUGACGAGUGGAUAAAGAUCCUGCGCUGGAAGCUAUCCCAGGUAAAAAAAGGCAAAUGAUGGAAAGAAUGGAAGAAAUGAAAAAACAGUGGACUGCUUCUGAACCAGUGAACUGUUAAACCACAGAGGUUCAAGGUUUGUGUCACAUGCAUUCAGGAAUGUGCGCUGAACCAUACCCUGUUGUUACGACAACGGGCAGAAGCGAAAAUAAGAGGUGGAUUCCCAUACCUCAUAGCUCCUGGUAUUUAUUUCACCCCAGUCCUUCAGAGGUCCUUCAGAAAAUGUCACUACCUUCAAUGAAGAGAUAAGUCUUGGAAACGUAGACCCUAUAGCUCAUCCUGGAACAUAUUUUCCUGAGACGAAGUGAAACGUCAUGACUGUCCUGUCACUACUAGUAUCCAUGGCAACUAGCAGGGUGAAGUGUCAGCAAGGCGACGAUCAGCGGGCCGAUUCCCAGGGAGCAGGGAGACUUUGUCAAGAGUUUGUAUAUGUAGAGCAGAACUCAGGGAUCAUCCUCACAGCAAACGUGUGCAGCCAAAGAUGUUUAUUUGUGAAAAGACUGUGUUAUUGCCUUGGACGAACACUCAUCUGCUUCUGUCAUCACUGUCUUAGAUCAAAGUCAAAGUCAAAUGUAUUUAUAAAGCACAUUUAAAAACAACUCACGUUGACCAAAGUGCUGAUGACAUAGAACGUACAUGUUUGUAGACUGUCGAAUGUAUAUGGUUUACCUUUUUAUGCCAAGUUUUAGAAUGAAAACUGCAAAUGAUCAGCUUCUGUCUUUUGUAUUUUACAGUUUUGUUGUAAAUGUGAUUGUAGUCUUGACAGGCUAAACUGUGGUUGCUGAAGAGAGCAGUUUGUAGAACAGAAAGCAGCAAUGAACAGACCAAAUCCAUACUCAUUAAAACUUACUGGAGCUAA